AUGCGAAAUAUGCGGAGCAUAGAGUCUCUGACUCAUAUAUUCCAAGACCACUUAACUUUAGGAGGUCUUCCAAAUGGCUAUGCUUGCUUGAGCACGGCAGAACGUCAAAGUCUAGCAAGUAAGGCCCGACGAAAUAUAGGAGUGGAUGAGGAACGUAUGGAAAAAAAGCCUGAUGUUAUGAUGUUGGUAGAGUAUCGAGAAAAAAUCACCGAGCUUUUAUAUGCCAAAUGUUCAUGUAUCCUCUGUACCAAAACAAAAAAAGCAGAUGAUUGUGUGAAGUUGUGGAGAGAGACACUAGAUGGGUUGAGUUUGGUUGGCACAACAUGA